GGCGUCACACGGGCGUGGAUCAGGGCGGGUCCAGGUGGAUCUAUGUGUGACUCAAAACCCAUAGCGAACACAGAGCAGCCGGACGGAGCAGAUAGUUGCAGCUUUACGCAUUGGACCUCACCUGUCUCUGACCGGACACAAAAGCAAAAUGAUGCCAGAACCUUUUAAAUCAGCGCUGUCUCUGGGAAUGCUAGAGGACACGUCGCUGGCGCUGCCGUCGGAUCAUCACAUGAGAUCCGCGCAACAGAGAGUCCGGGAUCAGGUCGGCACCAUCAAGAGAACCAAGUCGAAAUACAGCAGUAAAAGUGUUUCUGGACUGCCUUCACCCACCAGCCCUGAAAGUGACAGUGUGUUUUAUGACUUCAAGCCGUCGCCUACUUCACCUCUCAGCGGAUCCUCCAUCAGCAGAGGAAACACUAUGACCAAUGGGGAUAAGCACAGACAAAACUUCAUACACAAGUCCACCAACUCCCAUAACUCCAGCAGCACUCAACGUAACUCCAGCACUACUCAUAUGAGCCUGAGGAACGAAGGACUUCUGUACGCUCCUGUAAAACCCAUCCCUACCAGAGCCAGACCCAGCAGUAUGUUCGUCUCUAAAGCCACCCACAGCGCUCCGGAACUGGAAUAUUACUCCACCACUAGCGGCUCUGCCCAACGAGGGAGAUACUCCUCAGAAUGGGCUGAGAAGAUGAUGACUCAUCCUUCAUUCAAUCAUACUCAACAGAUUCACAGUAAAGACAGGUACGGAAGAAGUGUCAGCAUGAAUAAGGUCAGCACCAAUCAGUCCGUCAAGAGACAACCUUCUUCACUUCAAUCCUAUAACGCUUCCAAAAAGUCAUUAACCAAGACUCGACAAUCUGGCGGCUUCACUAUGAACACAGAACAACUGAUGUCUGAUUUAACGAUGAAGGAGGCGGUGAAUUAUUUGUCCAGGCGAGAUGAGAAUUAUCAGUUGUGUGGAGCCGCGUACAUUCAGCACAGCACCUUCACUGAUGAGAAAGCCAAACAAGAGGUUUUGACACUGAAGGGAAUUCCUCCUCUGUUAGAGCUGUUAAACAGCCCCAGUCCUCAGAUUCAGGAGACCGCUGCCGCUGCGCUGCGUAACGCCGUCUUUAAAAACCAACCAAACAAAGAUGAAGUUCAUCGUGCCGGAGGAAUUCCUAAAGUAGCCCAGCUGCUGGGAGAGAGCAGUGAUGAGACAAAAAAACAUCUGACAGGUCUCCUGUGGAAUCUGUCUUCAGCAGAUCAAAUCAAACCUGAUCUUCUCCGUACGACUCUGCCAGUGCUCACAGAGAAAGUUCUUGAGCCAUACUCAUCCAGCACAGACACCACAACCGUCUCUCCAGAGGUCCUCCUGAACACCACGGCCUGUCUGAGAAACUUGAGUUCCUCUAAACUGGCCAAUCGUCAGGCCAUGCGCAACUCUAAAGGACUGAUCGAUUCUCUCAUGCGAUACAUAGAGACCUGCAUUAUUAAUGACAAUCCAGACAACCAGGCUUUGGAGAAUUGUGUUUGUAUUCUUCAUAACCUCACAUAUCAGCUGGAAACAGAGAUGCCCUCAGCCUUUUCAAAGAUGAACGCUCUGGCCAGUCACACCCGCAAUCGCAGCAGCUCUUCAGACGCCGGCCCCAUCGGCUGCUUCAGCUCACAGAGUCAAAAAGUCCAGCAGGAGAGCGUCUUUGACUAUCCAGUGAUGGAGGAUAAUAAUCCUAAAGGAGUCAGCUGGCUGUUUCAUUCUAAAGCCCUGCAGAUGUAUCUGGAUCUGAUGCGCACCAGCGAGAGAGACGCCACACUUGAGGCCAGCUGUGGAGCGCUGCAGAACCUCACAGCUCCUGACGGCAUCGUAUCAAAUGUGUUAAGUCAUACAGUUGUACACAAGUUAAACGGUCUGAACCACAUCAGUCCAUUGGUGCAGUCAUCCAAUCCUGCGCUUCAGAACAGCGCCGUCGCUCUGCUGGGGAAUCUGUCCAGAUCGACACGUACAGGAAACAGAAACAUGGCCCGUCAGAGUUUACCUCAGCUGGUGGGCUUCGUGAAUUCAGGCCUGACCAAGAACGAUUCCUCGCCUCAGUUUGACGGCACCAUGGCGACGGCUCUUCUCAGCGCUCACUCCAUGUUAAAAGCUGAUCCGGAGUUGGGCAAGAGUUUAAUAAAUCCUGGAUUGAUCAGCGGUCUCAGCGGCAUGAGUAGAAACAUGAUAUCUCUGCCAAAGUCCAGCACAGCCGCAGGAGUUCUGCUGCACAGUCUGUGGUCAGAUAAGAGCUUUCAGAGCUUUCUUAAAAUGCAAGGGAUGGAUAAGAAGACUUUUGUGAACGAUGCCACAUCAGCAGCUUUCAGGUCUCUUCAGGUGGUCGACUGACCGGCACGCUGACAGACAACAUGACACAAAGACCACAGUUUUAUUGUAUUACAUUUUAAUUCUGGUUGAGAAUUUCAGAGCAAUAGUUUGAUUCAAAAGCUUUUUUUUAGGGGAAGUAGACACUUUUUUUUAAGCAACAAUGUCAAAUAGAGUGAUAGGAACAUGAUACUUUUAUUUCUCACGAGGACAGUUUUAUUCACCAAAGCCAUGUUUUUGGUACUCUUUACGAUCUGUUUGAAUUUCUUUAAUGUCAUUUUGGUUCUCAAGUGUUACAGGCAGACGUGUUUGUGCAAAUUCAUACAGAAUAUAUAUAGAGAGAUAUAGAUUCAUAUAUGAUAUGACCAGUGAGUGAUUGUUUUCUUUGGCUCAUUGUUCUCAUAUUCACAUGUAUUAUGGUUAUAAGAUUAUGGGUGGGCAUAAGUUUGUCAUAUUUCAGCUCUCAGUAAAGUUCAAUAAAGUUUUCAACACCA